AGAGUGUGGAAAGAGUCAAUCAGAAAGGAAACCUUGAAGUCCACAUGAGAAUUCACUCUGGAGAAAAGCCUUAUACUUGCUCUCAGUGUGGACAGAGUUUUACACACCAUCACACCCUUAGUUCCCACAUGAGAAUGCACUCUGGAGUGAAGCCGUUCUUAUGUGAUCAGUGUGGACAGAGCUUCACGACAGAACUGAACCUGAGGUAUCACAUGAACAUUCACGCCGGAGAGAAACCAUUCACUAAAGACAAACCUUUCACAUGUGAUCAGUGCGGAAAGGGUUUCACACGCAAGGUGACCCUCAAUUCCCACUUGAGGAUUCACUCGGGAGAGAACUGUUUUAUGUGUCAUCAGUGUGCAAAGAGCUUCAGUCAUAAAAGUAGCCUUAGUACUCAGAUGAAACUUCACACCGGAGAGAAGCCUUUCACCUGCAAACUGUGUGGAAAGAGCUUCACACAAAAAGGAAAUUUUAAGGCUCACGUGAAGACUUGCACAGGAGAGAAGCCGUUAAAAAAGUAUAGAGACCCUUAAGUACCACAGGAGGAUCCUAUAUUUGUUCUCUAUGUGGAAAGACUUUUAAGUGGUUCUUCAGUUUAAAAAUUGAUCAGUUGAAGGCUCUGUUUACACUUCAUUGUAUAGAGCAAUGGUUGUGGUAGGGAACUGUGUUAAAAACGCACCUCAAGGAGGGCCACUGUCCUCCAAACCUAAUUAAAGCACUUUUAACAUAGCCUAGAGGCUGACCGAAGUGCUGUACAUGAGCAAAGUUACAAGUGCAAUAUAAAAAUAAUCAUGAGCAGAAUACACACACACCAAAUUUGAAACAGAAAUAAAAAUCAACAAUUAACACACAUUGAAGGCUAAGGAAAACAAAUGAGUUUUAAGAAGAGAUUUAAAAACUGGGAAAGGUAAGCUAUUCCACAGUCGACCCACCACCGAAAAGGCUCGACCCCCUCUGUGUUUCAGCCUUGAGCAAGGGAUUGUCAAUAAGUUAAGACUGCCAGAUCUUAAACUUCUAGGAGGGUUAUAGGGACACAGUAAACCAGACACAUAUUUCAGAGCAAGAUUAUGUAGACAUUUAUACACAAAUAGCUGAAUUUUAAAGCCAAUGGAGGGCUCGCAAAAUGUGGGUGACGUGGUAAUAUUUGCAACCAUUUUUAAGAGAUAUAGCCACAGCAUUUUGAAUCAGUUUUAGUCGAGCUACCUGAGACUUGGAGAUACUGUGAAACAGAAUUGCAAUAAUCCAAAGUUAUAAAAGCAUGGAUAAUUGUCUCAAGAGACUUUUUUUUUUAGACGAAAUAUGUUUUAUUUAAGAAAGUGAACGA